AAAUCCAUAAGUUUUAUGCAAAAACUUUAAAAUACAGGGGUUUUAAAUAAUAUUACUUCUUUUUUCAGAAAAAUACUUUCUGCGUACAUCACACUUUCCACUGGUACUGUAUUCUCCCCAUCCUCUGAACAUUAUGAAUAUGUUUGAUCUCUGUGAAUGGCCAGCACUAGCCAGGAACCAUUGUCACUCAGUUUCUUCUUACCUCUUGGGUUUUGGACUGACCUCUUGAUAUCUGCACUGUGCUUCCUAUUAGUUUUAGUCCAAUUUAGUCAAAUAAAUAUAGCUAAUUUCUCACUCACCUUCUUCUGUUUCAUUUUCCUUAAUUUAUUAGUUUCUUGGCAGCAAUGCUUGGGAAUUGGGAGAGAGCAAGAGAAUAGAGGUUCUGGUGAGACCUUUCUAGUGGCAGCACCUUCGGGUUGCCACAUUCAAACUACUCACAGUUUAAGUCUUUUAUUCUUUUUUAUUUUAUUUUUUUGAAUCGGUAAUCCCGAAUAGCUGGUGGGGUUUUUCAUUUAUGAAAAUCCCUUAUCACACAUUUUCUGUCUGCAAGUCCCUCUCCAAUAACAUGUAACAUAAGCUAGCUAUCAGUUGCUUUUUUGCAACCUCAAACCAAAGUUAAUCCCCACUUUAUUGGGCAUUGGUGAGCUGUCACGUGAGCACAGUACCAAAACAUUUACUAGUAAGCUUGCAUGCGUUAGACUUUUGAAGAAUGGUCUCUGAAUCCACUCUAAGUGAAUGGGAUGUUUUUUUCUCCUUGAUAAUGGAUGAUCAGGUUUUUAGGUGUUGUUUUUUAUUUUUAUUUUUUACUCUUUUUUUUCUUUUUAUUAAGAUGCCUAGGGAGGGUCUAUCAUUAUACUUAGAAAGCAUGGUGUUGUUGAUUGUCAAAGGUAAAUUGACGUCUGUUUCCUGUCUGAGUCCUGUGAUACAGGUGGAACAGGGUGAAGGUUGGUCUUGCACAAUAUUUAUCCUGGUGGUAUGGGAAUAUAUGUGCAAAUCUGACAAGUUCAGAAGUUAAGAAUUUCCUGAUCUCAUGCAUGGGUUACUCGGGUACCAUGAGUAGAGUAUUUAUAUAGCCAGAACCUCCUGAAAACAGUUGUUUGAAGGCUAGGAGACAGCUUUUCCUCUACAUUCUCUGUUUUUCUUCCCCCACAUUUUGUAUUUGUUUGCUUUAUAAAGCAUUUUAUACUAUCAUAGCCUUUCGCUAGCUAAAUAAGACUUUAUAAUAAUGUUUAAAAUGUAAAAACACAUUUUUUAUUUAUCUAAGUCAGAAGGGACUUGAGAGUGUUUGUUUGUCCCUAUGCUGUUUAGUAUUCAGUUUUAACAGCAGUUUCUUCCAAUGAAAACAUUGAGCAGCUUGGUAUAAGCCUCUGUCUGUAAAGAAGUAGUGGGUAUUUCCCCACCAAAAGAAAAUGGGAAGACCAAAAAUGGUCACUUGAACACGACUGUGGAAACUGUGCUCAUAACCUGCAGGCAACAGUAACAAAAUUGCCUAUAGGUUUAAACUUGAAGUGUUUAAUGAAUUGUUAAUACAUUUUACCAUACGUGCAAGUUACACUUGUGAAAUGAAAUAGAAACUUGGGCUGAACAAGUGCACAGAUAAGUGCUUGAAAUUUUUAACUUCUCAGACUAUAUUGUGAAGAUAAUCAUGUAAGAUUUUGAUUGAUCUCUAAAAUGACAAAAUAUUUAAACUUAAAUGUGUGGGCCCUUCUUGACAAUAGAAUGUCUUUAUAAUUAUGUGUUUAAGUUGUCUAUGGUAAAAAUUUUACCACAUUGGAACAGGAAUGACCAAAAGAAGACCAAAGUAAAGAAGAAAACAAGCAAUCCGCAGUUUAACGAAACAUUUUAUUUUGAGGUAACCAGGUCCAGCAGUUACACCAAAAAGUCCCAGUUUCAGGUGGAAGAAGAAGACAUUGAGAAAUUGGAAGUCAGAAAUGUCAGCGAGGGUGGAUCUAUGGAACAAUGGAAAUUUGGUACAAGACAUCUUCCUAGGAGAAAUUAAAGUUCCUGUGAAGGUGUUAAGAAAUGAUUCCUUUCAAGCAUGGUACUUACUUCAACCAAGAGAAAAUGGCAACAAGUCUUCUAAAACUGAUGACUUGGGAUCACUUAGAUUAAAUAUUUGCUACACUGAAGACUGUGUACUUCCCUCUGAAUACUACGUUUCUCUGAGAAACUUGCUGCUAAAAUCAUCAGAUGUUCAGCCAAUUUCUGCAUCUGCUGCCUACAUAUUAUGUGAAGUUUGUCGAGAUAAGUACGAUGCUGUUCUGCCUCUUGUACGGUUGCUACUACACCACCAUAAGCUAGUCCCAUUUGUUGCUGCAGUAGCAGAACUGGACCUGAAGGACACUCAAGAAGCAAACACAGUCUUCAGAGGGAAUUCAUUAGCAACUCGGUGUGUAGAUGAAAUGAUGAAAAUAGUGGGAAAACACUACCUAAAGGUUACUUUGAAAGCAGUUAUUGAUGAGAUAUGUGAGUCUCCUAAACCCUGUGAGAUAGAUCCAAUCAAAUUAAGAGAAGGGGAUAAUGCAGAAAUUAAUAUGGAAAAUCUACGCUAUUAUGUAGACAAAGUAUUCCGUGAAAUUGUGCGGUCAAGUAUAAGUUGUCCUACCCUAAUGUGUGAUGUUUUUUAUUCUUUGAGGCAUCUGGCUGCCAAAAGAUUUCCAAAUGACCCUCAUGUACAGUAUUCUGCAGUGAGCAGCUUUGUGUUUCUUCGUUUCUUUGCUGUAGCCGUAGUCUCACCUCAUACUUUUCAUUUACGACCUCACCAUCCAGAUGCACAGACUUCUAGAACAUUAACUCUCAUAUCAAAAGCCAUCCAGACUUUGGGGAGUUGGGGAAGUUUGACCAAAAGCAAACUUUCAAGUUUCAAGGAGACAUUUAUGUGCGAGUUUUUUAAAACAUUUCAAGAAGACAAAUUUACUGAAUCUGUCAAAAAGUUUCUAGAUGAUGUUUCCUCUACUGAAAGUAAAGAACCAAGUGGUCUGAGUGAGCCGGUACAUCUAAAAGAAGGAGAAAUGUACAAAAGAGCUCAGGGAAGGACUCGGAUUGGUAAAAAGAAUUUCAAGAAGCGGUGGUUCUGUCUAACAAGUAGAGAAUUCACCUACCACAAACAGCAAGAUAAAGAACCAAUCUUCACUAUUCCAAUCAAAAACAUCCUUGCAGUGGAGAAGCUUGAUGAGAGCUCCUUCAACAAGAAAAAUAUGUUUCAAGUACUACAUGGAGAAAAACCACUCUAUAUCCAAGCAAAUAACUGUGUAGAAGCUAGUGAGUGGAUAGAAGCUCUCUGCCGGGUAACAAGAUGCAACCAGAAGAGGCUUAGUUUUUACCAUCCUUCUGCUUUUUUGAAUGGGAGCUGGCUUUGCUGCAAGGCUACAGUAGAAAACACAGUGGGCUGUGCUCGUUGCACUGCAGAUGUUCCAGCUGAUACUCAAAUUGAGAUUGAUGGAGACAGAGAGACAGAAAGAAUUUACUCACUUUUCACUAUCAACAUGUCUAAACUUCAGAAGUUGGAAGAGGCUUGUGGAAGCAUAGCUGUCUAUCAAGGUCCACGGAAAGAACCAGAUGACUAUUCUAACUUCACAAUUGAAGACUCUGUAGCAACUUUUCAUACACUCAAACAGAUAAUAGAUAUAGUAGAAAAGCUGAAUGAAUCACAUGAAAAAUACCAAAAGAAGAGAUCAUCUAGUGCUAAAUAUGGUAGUGAAGAAAAUCCAAUUGUUGGAAAGGUUUCCUAACCAAAACGAACUCUGGCACACUUGGAUGGAAAAGAAACUGGAAAUGUUCUUGGGGGUGUUGUUUUUUGUUUUAUUUCAUUUUUUAUUUCAUAAUAUGCAUUUUUACAAAGUAUUUAAAAAUGAACAUAAAUGCUAGUUGUGUUGACAAUCUAUUUAAUAUUUAAUAGAAAGCUAGCUACUUGGAAAUCUGGUCUUAGUGUUGAUUCUCAUUUUGCUGAAGAACUUGAAGUUCCAAGUUCCAGGUUCUUGAAGUAACAGAUGUGAAUAAAACUAAAUGUUGUUUUGCCGUUGCUGUUUUAUUGGAAAGAACUUUCUACACAAAUAAGCUUUUUAAUGGAACAAAAUCAACAUGGCAUCUGUUGGUUGUAUUGCAUCUCCGAAUACAUGUUUUGCAAAAUUGUAUGAGUUUACCAUGAGUGCCUGCCCUGCUGAUAACGAUCUUGAAAUAGAAAUCCCAAGAUACAAUGACAUGGUAAAGACCUGAAGCUUCACACUCAA